AUGGUUGGGAAGGCCAGAUCUUCUAAUUUUACCUUAUCUGAAAAGCUCGAUUUGCUAAAACUCGUGAAGCCGUACGUUAAAAUUCUCGAGGAACAUACCAAUAAGCAUUCUGUAAUAGUGGAAAAAAACAAAUGCUGGGAUAUCAUAGCUGAUAACUACAAUGCCAUCGGAGUAGAUCGCCCUCCUCGUACUGCACAGGGCCUGCGCACGCUGUACAAGAGGCUCAAAGAAUAUGCCAAACAGGAGCUAUUGCAGCAAAAGGAGACUCACUCAGAUUGUAAAAGCAGCAUUUCCGAGCCAACCAAGAAAGUUGUGGAGAUGAUUCCACAGAUUUCCAAUGUGUGUUUAAGAGACAGGAGCGGUGUUCAAAGUGCUAGUAUCGAUAAAGAAACAAUUGCUGCUACCAGUUCACCACAGGCAAUGUUGGAUCACCAUCCUGCGACAGUCAUGAUGGAGUUGCAAUCGUAAGAGGAUGUCAAACCUCCUCCUUCUUUGAUUAUAGACUCACAGCAAAAUGAGAACUUAGAACAAGAGGAAGAACACCAGCUGGUGCAUAUUAUGGAAAGGUCUCCUUCAACAUCAGUAUCGUCAGUUGAUAUGAGAGUGAUGAUGUCUCCCUCUCCUGUACCAAGAAGAGAUGAGUUUUUUAGGCUUGAGGUUGGAGAACGCUUUAGACCAAUGUGUGGGUAUGACCCACAGAUGUUACAAAUGCUGAAAGAAGAGCAUCAAAUAAUAUUAGAAAAUCAAAGAAAAAUUGGUCUUUAUGUCCAAGAAAAAAGGGAUGGUUUGAAAAGAAAGCAGCAACUGGAAGAAGAACUGUUGCGAACAAAAAUCAAAGUAGAGAAGCUGAAGGCAAUACGACUACGCCGUGAUCUGCCAGAAUACAGCAAUAUCUAA